AUGUCGUUCAUUUUCAAUAGUUAUUAGACAACACGGAACAUUCAUAAUCUACUAUAAUAUAAAGUUUUAAUUUAAAGAAGUUAUCGAAAUGCCAAACUUUAACGGAGCCAUCAUUGUGCACACGCUGCAGUUGAUCAAGACCCCAGCGACGCUUCGCGAGAUUGUGGUAACCAUUGCCAAGAACACGGACCUGGCGCAGGAAGAUCUGAUGAAGCCCGUCAAGCAGACCCUGGAUAUGGGCUACCGCAUGGGCUUCCUUCAGAAACUAAAUGGAAGAUACUUUUUGGUGCCGAUGACCUUUGACACGCUCAUGGCUGAAAUGAAGUCGGUCGGCCAGCCCGCCCGCAAGGGCGCGCCAGAGCCCGAAAAGGCCGAGCCCAAGCCCAAGAUGGACAAGAAGACCGCCAAGCAGAACAUCAUAGCCAAGAACCACACUCAGAGCCAGUAUCAAUCGGUUCUAGACCACGAGUCUACCACCACAUUGAUGCCAUUACAAACGAUGCACUUAAAGCCGGAAGCGCUGAUGAUGCGCAAGCCGAAACGGUCGCAUGUGCCCAUUAAAUAGAUGACUCUUCCAAAUGCCUUUGCUGGGCUUCGCAGUUGGGAAACUAACCGAACUGCGCUUGAGGCAUCGUAAAUUUUCCGUUCGCUAAUUGAUUUUUUGUUUUUGGUAAAUAAUAAAAAUAAAAAAUUGAAUGAUACGUUAAGUAUCAUAGCACAGCUAGAUUGA